CCGUCCAUGGCGGGAUGCUCACGGGGCCCGCGGGUAUCGGGCAAAUUGCCAUCCCUAGGCAAGACCUGAUUAGCGUUCCUUUCAAAUUCGAAAUCGGCAUCUCGCUUCUUUGCUUGUAGCAACAACACCGCACCACACCAGGCCAUGGCUAUGGUUCUGGACUCCAUAACCGACUUGUCGUUCCCCUACUGGAUCUCCGUUCGCCGACGUUUUGGUCCCGACUCUUCUUUCUUUGCUACCGGCAACCUUGAGAGAGAACUUCUCGCCAAACAGGGAGGUAUUCUGUCCAAUUGUUGGUUGUGGUGCGCAAUUGACUUCAUUGGAGGACUUUGAAAAUCAUAAUAAUGCACGGCAUACUGCAUCCUGUUCAGUGUGCUCCAGAGUUUAUCCAACAUCACGCCUGCUCAGCAUACAUGUGUCGGAGGUGCAUGAUUCCUUCUUUCAAGCAAAAGUUGCUCAUGGUUAUGCUGUGUAUGAGUGCCUUGUGGAAGGCUGCAGUUUGAAGUUCAAGAGCUACAAAAGUCGGCAGCAGCAUCUGGUGGACAAGCACAAAUUCCCCACUUCGUUUGAGUUCUUCGAGAAGGCUCGGCCAUCCAAGAAACAGAGGCAGAAGCAACAUCGUAAACAAGUUCUUCACAGUAAGGAUGAACCUUCAAGUAUGAUGGAAGUUGAAGAUGAAACCAUCACUGGCCUUGUUUCAGCAGUCUCUAAGCUAAGCACAUCUGACUCCUCCCCAUCAACUGUCAGCUUUGGUCGUCGCCAUAGCCGUGGCUUAACAUUUGUCCCACGAGCCAUACAAUGUGAGAAAAGGCCAGACUCCACAGCAGCAGAGACAGAGAGAUAGCCAGCAUCCACCUGGACUAAAUCUGGGGAAGUUUCAUAUCAUUACAUCUGGAGGUGAUGUGAAUUAGAUGAAACAAGCUGACAGCUUAUUUUGGUUCAAAACCCACACCUAUUUUAGGUAGUCAAGUUUGUUGAGACCAAAGCUUCGAUGUCUCUUUGGUAUUGAUACCCGGAGAUCAAUUAUCUAUAUCAGUGUUGCAUUCUGAAUUUCAUAAUGAAUUUGGAGUUUCAUU